AUGAUGGCUGACAAGGGAACAGUGGUGUAUGGAUCUUUGAAAAGUAGAGCAGUGGGGGCAAAAAACGCAGAGGGUAAUGUUAAGGUAAUGAAUUAUGAUAACGAAAUGCUGCUUACUAACAAGUUAGAAGAUAAAAAAAGGGACGAUCAUAUAGGGGAAAAAACGAUUAGGAAAAGAAUAACCCACAAUGUAGAAGCAGUAGUAGAGGGCACUACUAGUGCUAACAAAACUGAUGUAGAAAAAAAAAACUACUCUGAUUUUAAUAUAUAUAUUGAGAAUAAUAAAAUAAAAGAAUACAUAUCUGAUAUUGAUAUAACAAAGGAAGAAAUAUGUACUUUAUAUGAGGAUAUGCAUAUGGGAAGAAUGUUUGAAAAUUUAGUAGCAAAAUUAUAUUAUAGUAAAAAAAUUAAUGGUUUCGUUCAUUUGUAUAAUGGACAAGAAGCAAUAAGUUCAGGGAUCAUAAAAAAUUUAACCAUUUCCGACUUCGUUACUAGUACAUAUAGAGAUCAUGUGCAUGCCAUUAGUAAAGGGGUACCACCAAAAGAGGUUUUAAAUGAAUUGUAUGGAAAUUACUAUGGAAGUACGAAUAAAGGUAAAGGAGGAUCUAUGCAUAUUUAUAGUAAGACACAAAAUUUCAUUGGGGGGUUUGGUUUUAUAGGAGAACAGAUUCCUAUAGCCGUGGGCCUUGCCUAUAGUAUUUUAUAUAAGCGAGAAUUUUCUUCAGAUGCAUAUGGAUUUACUGCAGAACAGUGGAAACAAAGGGGGCAAAGGGACGAAGCGUGGGUUGAAUCCAUUGAUGAAAGGGCAAAUCAAAAUGGAAUAGGUUCCGAGGAGGGCCACCAUAACAGUAGUAAUAAUGGUAGCAGUGGUGAUAGUGAUAGUGGUAGCAGCGGGGAGAGGAGCAAGAUUGACGUAGUGGUGUGCUUCCUAGGAGAUGGAACGACAAAUAUCGGUCAGUUCUUUGAGUCAUUGAACCUAGCUGCCACGUAUAACUUACCCAUAAUUUUUGUAAUAGAAAAUAACAACUGGGCUAUUGGCAUGGAAAAUUCUAGAGCCUCGGUAAAUGAUAUUAUGAACAAUUAUACUAAAGGAAAAGCAUUUAACAUAGAAACAUACAAAAUAGAUGGUAAUGAUGUUUUAAGUAUUUAUAAAUUAGCCAAAAAAAAAAUUAACGAUAUAAGGAAUAGAAAAUGUGGACCAGUACUAAUUGAAGCUAUUACUUAUAGGUCCAAAGGACAUUCCUUAGCUGACCCAGAUGAACUUCGACUCUCUGAGGAAAAAACAUCAUGGAGAAAAAGAGAUCCAUUAGUAUACUUAUCGAAUUAUAUGAAAAAAGAAAAUAUUGUUGAUGAAUCAUAUUUUGAAAAAAUUAAAAAAAAAAUACAGAAUAUCCUUGAAGAUGCUCAGAAUGAUGCUAAUGAAAAUUAUAAAAAGAGUCAACAUAUAGAUAUAUGUCAUUUGUUUAAACAUAAUAUUUUUGCUCCUUCUGAAAAUACUCCUUAUAAUAGUCAUUAUGAAAAUUACAAAAAGUUUGAUAACUUGUCUCAUUCUGAUUUGAGGGAAUACUAUCAAGCUCUUCUUAAAGAGAACGAAAGAAAAAGGAAAAACAAAAAAAAUGACAUAACUGAAAAAUUCGAUGAGAAGAAGAUCCCCUUGUUAAUAGAUUAG